GGCGGCGCCGAUUACUUUUAGCCGAGGGCGGGCAGGGCUCGCUCCGCAGCGGCUCCCGCACGAUGUUUGACGGCUGCCUCCUGCCCCUCGUGCUGCCCUGCCUGCUGCUCUGCCGCCCGGCCGCCGGCACAGCGGAGCUGGAGGUGUCGGUCCCGGAGCGGGUGUCGCUGGAGAAGAUGCACCUGCGGCGGGGGGCGGCGGACACGCUGCUGCUGCGCCUGCCGGCCGCGGGCUCCGAGCUCUACCUGCAGCUGCGCCGCGACCUGCGCUUCCUCGCCCGGGGCUUCGCGGUGGAGCAGCAGCGCGGAGAGGCGCGGCGGCCCCCGGAGGAGCGGCUCUGCUUCUACACGGGGCGAGUGCUGAACCGCACCGACUCCUUCGCCUCCAUCAGCACCUGCGCCGGGCUGGUUGGCUAUAUCCAAAUUGGAUCAGAGCACAUGCUAAUACAACCAGUGAAUACAUCAGAGACCUCAUUUAGUGGAAAAGAGCACUUCAUCAGGCGUAGACGAUCCACAAAAUCAAGCCAUCCCGUGAUGUUGCACAUUCCUGAUGAACACUGCAAGGUUGUAGCAGAAAAGAAGAAGCAAAAGAAAAUUAAAUCAACCAGUGACUGGAGGGAAAGAAGAAAUGCCAUUCGACUUACCAACGAGUACACAGUAGAAACUCUGGUGGUGGCAGAUGCUGAUAUGGUCCAAUACCAUGGUGCAGAGGCUGCCCAAAGAUUCAUCCUCACAGUUAUGAAUAUGGUGUACAACAUGUUUCAACAUCAGAGUCUUGGAAUUAAAGUCAACAUCCGAGUGACCAAACUAGUCCUGCUCCGCAACCGUCCUGCAAAGUUGUCUAUCGGGCAUCAUGGAGAGAGGUCUCUGGAGAGCUUUUGUCAAUGGCAAAAUGAAGAAUAUGGUGGGGCAAAAUACCUUGGUAACAACCAGGUUCCUGGUGCGAGGGAUGAUAACCCUCCUGUUGAUGCUGCUGUUUUUGUAACCAGGACAGAUUUCUGCGUACACAAAGACGAGCCUUGUGACACUGUGGGAAUUGCUUAUCUAGGAGGUGUCUGCAGUGCCAAGAGAAAGUGUGUUCUUGCUGAAGACAAUGGUCUCAAUCUGGCAUUUACAAUUGCACAUGAACUUGGGCACAACAUGGGAAUGAGCCAUGAUGACGACCAUCAGCCCUGCGCAGGGAAGUCUCAUAUUAUGUCUGGAGAGUGGGUGAAAGGCAGGAAUCCGAGUGACCUUUCCUGGUCUUCAUGCAGCCGCGAUGACCUUGAAAACUUCCUAAAGUCCAAGGUCAGCACCUGUUUACUGGUAACAGAUCCCCGAAGCCAGUAUGCUGUGCGGCUCCCUCACAAGCUGCCUGGAAUGCACUACAGCGCUGAUGAACAGUGCCAAAUACUUUUUGGGACCAAUGCUACAUUCUGUAAGAAUAUGGAGCAUUUGAUGUGUGCUGGGCUCUGGUGCCUUGUGGAAGGAGAUACAUCCUGUAAAACAAAAUUGGACCCCCCUCUGGAUGGCACUGAAUGUGGCGCAGACAAGUGGUGCCGAGCUGGGGAGUGUGUCAGUAAAACUCCCAUCCCUGAGCACAUUGAUGGAGACUGGAGCAUGUGGAGUCAGUGGAGCAUGUGCAGCCGGACAUGUGGCACAGGAGUGCGAUUCAGGCAGCGGAAAUGUGACAAUCCCCCCCCAGGGCCAGGUGGGAAGAACUGCCGAGGAGCCAGCGUGGAGCACACUGUGUGUGAGAAUUUACCCUGCCCUAAAGGUGUGCCGAGCUUCAGAGACCAACAGUGCCAGGCCCAUGACAGAUAUACCAACAAGAAGAAAAGCCUCCUGACAGCCGUCAUUGUCGAUGAUAAGCCCUGUGAGCUUUUCUGCUCUCCUUUGGGGAAUGAUUCCCCUGUGCUGGUGACAGACAGAGUCGUUGAUGGUACUCCAUGUGGGCCUUACGAGACCGACCUCUGUGUACAUGGCAAGUGCCAGAAAAUUGGCUGCGAUGGAAUCAUUGGCUCAGCUGCCAAGGAGGAUCGCUGUGGAGUCUGCAGUGGUGAUGGCAAAACCUGUAAAGUGGUGAAAGGCGACUUCAACCACACCAAGGGGAUGGUAACCAAUAGUCAUUGUAAGAAGGUUUCCACAUGUGUGAUGGCAAAGGCAAAGGCUGUUCCCAAGUGUUUCUCGUGUUACAUAGAAGCAGCUGUGAUCCCUGCAGGUGCCCGGCGCAUCAGAGUCGUUGAGGAUAAACCUGCGCACAGUUUUCUGGCUUUAAAAGAUUCCAGUAAGAGAUCCAUUAACAGCAACUGGAAAAUUGAGCUUCCUGGUGAGUUUCAGAUCGCAGGCACUACUGUCCGGUACGUGCGAAGGGGUCUGUGGGAGAAAAUCUCUGCCAAAGGACCAACUAAAAUACCACUGCACUUGAUGGUGCUGUUAUUUCAUGACCAGAAUUAUGGAAUUCAUUAUGAAUACACCAUUCCUGUAAACUAUACUGCUGAAAACAAGAGCGAGCCAGAAAAGCAACAGGAUUCUCUGUACAUCUGGACGCACAGCGGAUGGGAAGGGUGCAGCGUGCAGUGUGGAGGAGGUGAACGGAAAACCAUUGUGUCCUGUACUCGAAUUAUUAACAAGACCAUGACACUGGUGAAUGACAGUGACUGCCAACGAGUGAAUCGCCCGGAGCCCCAGGUCAGGAAAUGUAACACACACCCCUGCCAGUCACGGUGGGUGACUGGCCAUUGGAGUCCCUGCUCUGCUACUUGUGAGAAAGGCGUACAGCAUCGGGAAGUGACUUGUGUUUAUCAGUUACAAAAUGGCACCUACGUUAACACGAGAGACCUCUACUGCCUGGGCAACAAACCAGCUACAGUACAAAGCUGUGAAGGACGGGACUGCCUUUCUAUCUGGGAAGCAUCAGAGUGGUCAAAGUGCUCAGCAGACUGUGGCAAAGGGAUUCAGAAAAGAACAGUGACGUGCACAAAUUCCCAAGGAAAAUGUGAUGCAGCCACCAGGCCAAGAGACGAGGAGGAGUGUGAGGAUCACACAGGCUGUUAUGAGUGGAAAACAGGCGAUUGGUCUAAGUGCUCCUCUACCUGUGGGAAGGGUCUCCAGUCACGUGUGGUCCAGUGUAUGCACAAAGUCACCGGGCGCCACGGCAGUGAGUGCCCUGUCCUGUCCAAGCCAGCAGCCUACAGGCAGUGCCACCAAGAGGUCUGCAAUGAGAAGAUAAACGUCAACACAAUUACCUCGCCCAGACUUGCUGCUCUCACGUACAAGUGCACAGGCGACCAGUGGACAGUGUACUGCAGAGUGAUCCGGGAGAAGAAUCUGUGCCAAGACAUGCGGUGGUAUCAGCGCUGUUGCCAGACUUGCAGAGACUUUUAUGCAAACAAGAUGCAGCAGAAGAGUUAAUGAACUUGUGCUACUUCUUAGGGUAUUACAGCUAUUUGUAUGUAAAUCACGGACUAGGUCUGAGUACUGGAACUUCAUGAGUUGCUACAAUGUGGUGGAUUCCAAAGCAUACCUAAUAAGACUUGAAACUAAUUCUACGGACUGGAUCCCAAAGUAAUCCUCUUAUCCACCUUAAAAAAAAAAAACGAACAGAAAGAGUCAUCUCAAGGAGCCAAUCAAUUUAUCGUAUUUUGACAUCCUUACAUUUUCAUUAAUGCUUUUUACUCUAAUAUAUUAAAUCACCAGCCACUGGAUGGCUUGCUACCAUUAAAGAAAAGGACAAGAGUUGCAAAGUGAUUACAUCGACUAAGGUUAUGGGUACCUCCAUGGAGGAAGGCCUCUGGCAAAAUAUUUCUGCAAAGGUAAACACAUUAAUCUUUUAAUCUUGGCUUUCAUCUGAUCUUUUCAUCUCAACAGUUAUCCCACUGUGGAGUGGGCUUGGAGGGACACGCAUAAAUGAAAAGCUUAAUUUAAAGAGAGGAUUUGCUGUAAAACCUUGUGAAAACUGAUAGCAGAGGUUGGACAUCUCUGAAAUUCCUGCAGAAAACUCAGUAAAAUUAUAUCAAACAUUCCAAGUCAUAUUUUUUAGAGCAACUAAUAGGGACGGCUCUUCUUUCUAAUUUUAUAAAACAAUCCUCUCUCUCUUUUCCCCAGAAUAACAUAGUUUCUUUUAUGAAACCUAAUUUUUCUCUGAGCUUAAUGAAAUGGAAGCUUAUUAAUAGCAGUAGAUAGUUAUUUUUAAGCCAGAACCAUUUACUAUACAUGAGAUGGGAGAAGUCAGAAAUUAUUUUAUCCAGUAGACUGAGGGAUUGCUUGGCCUAAUCUCUCUCCAAUUCUUAGAAGUGAAUCAGAUGAGACUGAAUGAGGACCAUGAAAUGGGAUAGGGUUGGUACAGAAACAGGAUUUGGAACAACCUUUAUAUGAAGGGUGGAGUGGAGAGCAGAACAGGAGUUCCCUAUCUCUUGGCUCUUGUAUACAUCUGAGGUUGUGUAGCCUUUUGAGUCAAAAGUAUUCAGUGAUACAAGACAGUCAAAGUGAAAUCUUGAGCUUGUUGAAGCCAUAAGGCUAAGACUUCCGUUGCCUUCAGUGAGGUUUAGGUUUUUACUUACUGUAUUUUAUGCUUCCUGUCUUACUUUUGGGUGCUAUCAGGUUUGGUGCUAUCAGAUUGGUGCUAUUAGAGCACUUAGCAAGUGCUGCAUAUAUGAUACUCUCUUCCAUGUCUCUGCACUUUAAACGAAACUCCUCUUUGAGAUGUGAGACUUGAAACAGGAGCUCUAUCCAGGGAAGAGUUUGUCCCCUCCAUUUGUCCUACAGAUCAGUGUCUCUCUAUCAUAUCUUGCUCCAACGUGUAUCAGUUCCCUUGCCAGGGUCCAAGGCCAGUUGUGCGGUGGUUAAGUUACAGCCCACUCUUCCCGAUAUGAACAGAGCCGUUCAGAUGAAUUGCAGCUUUGUACUCGCUCUAGAACUGCAUGGUACUGUUUUAUUCCUUGAAGAUGAGUGCCGAACUAAGCCCAGCCCCUGGGCCAGUCUGCGUUGCAGCUCACACUUGUCCUCAAGUUGUCUUUUUUGCUGUUGUCUCUUUUUUCAAUGCAAGGAGGGAUAAAGACUCUUAGUACCUAACAUAUCUAUAAAGCAACUUUUCCUUCCUUAUUACACUCCUUUCAAUAUCCAGGACCUCACUGGAAUAACUUAUUAGCAUUUUAUUAAGGGCUAAGUUUUUCAAGCACAGGGAGCUAAUGUUCAUCAACAAACUAAUACUGUGAGGGCUUCACAUUCACGUCUGUGCUUACGAGCACAAUGAGUGUGUGCACACAAGGGCUGGCCUGUAUAUACAAAGGCACAUUUGCACACAGUUUCUUCUCAAGUGCCUGUCUCAAAGAGAUCUGCUUUCCAAUGCCCUAGAUGAUUUUCUCUAUCAGGGAAAUGAUUCCAACUUGUUGGGUUUUUUUUAAUAUUGGAUGUUAUUUUGGCAUCUUAUUGUCCAGAUCGGACCUCUUUCUUCUGUUAUUCCCACCCCGUAGCCCAAACGCAGAGGUUGUGUAAUACUUAGCAAGUAAUCAGUGGAAAAUGUUGCUGGCGGGGGUGUCAGGGAACAUUUAAGCAAUAGCGCAGUGACUUCAGCUAGGCAAAUUAUUGGGCAGAUGAACUGCUAAUGAGAAAGUUCCAAAAGAUGAGACAAAGCGCAGAGAGUCUGAUUUAUACUGGUUACUCACAGUAGUAGUUUCCCCCUUUGCCUGCUGUCACACCCUGCAGUAACACAGCCCUGUGUUGCCUCUGCGCGGCACGGCUGUCCUUGCUGCCCCCCUGCCACCGCAGUCACCUCGCAGCAGUUUGGCUGAGGUGGGUCUCCUUCCAUCCUUUGCUUGGUUUGGAGUUUGCUGUUUUCUUUGCCCAGGAAGUGGCCUGGCCCAAUGAAAUGCCACCCCCUUGUUGAUCAUUUUUGGCAUUACUAAUACGUUGUCCUCCUGAAGGAUUUGCCACCGGGCUUCUCUGUUGAAUAGAGUAGUGUGUUUGUUUGUUGUUAAUGGGAAUCAAAGGUGCUUUUAAGUAGCAGGGGUCAUUUUUCCUUCCAGUGCUGAUCUGUCAGCCUCUUUAUGCAAAACGUGGGCUCCUAGAAAGGUACACAGGAGAGAAGGGAUUUUAAUUCUUAUGUUUUUCACUAAUAAUUCACUACUGUC